AUGCCGAACGUUUACAACAAGAGUAGUGGACUCAGUCUUGACGAUGGUACCACUACAGCCGAUUCCUCUAGGCUUCUUACUCCUCCAAGGACCCCUUCCCCUGCGCCAGAUACGGUUACGAAAAGUGAUUGGCAGCCAACGAAAGAGAUCGAUGUAAGCGUGCUGAAGUCUCGACUCACUCUCCAGGAUGGGCGAUGCGGAUGCCUUACCCAACAGGCGAGGCCCUGUAAAAGGGAUUCUCCAGAAAAGAAUAGGACCAAGGUGGAUAGCUUGAUAGAAUCGAUGGUGGCUUUGACUCAGUCAUCUGUCGAACUCGAAGACAAGCUACUAAAGCUGGCUGAGCUAGUUCACUGCCAUUUGCACCUCUAUGAAAGACAUAUAGAGGAUCGCGUUGAGAAAUGGACGUCUAUCUUUCCUACUGGAGACCCCGAUACUAAGCCAUUCAUACCUCUGGAGAAGCGGAUCACAAUUGCUCUACGCCGCGAUUACGCCCAUUGCAGUAACCGUCAUUGCAUAGGGAAGACAUUGAAGCAGAAAGAUUGCCGUUGGAAGCUUGAAGGGCAAAAGAUGCAAAAUUACAUCAAAACUAUUGAUGAGAUUAUCAAGUCAGUGGUUGGCUCUGAUGAUACCAAAGUUGAAUAUCUUCUCAAGGUCCUCGCAUGUAAUGGACUUUGUCAUCAUCACCAAUAUCAGUCAUCUAACCAUGUCGAGCUAUGGAUCUCGAGACUCGUGGAGAUUCGCAGCACAUACCAAGCCGAAACUAAACAGUCGGAUAGCGGCUAUACGCUGGAUGGCUCUGAUGAGUCUUGUACAACUUCACAACCGGAAACAGUUCAAAGUCCAACGAUCAAAGUUAAAACUAGACAUGAUCUUGAAAACCGAGUUGGCUCAACACCCAUUGACUUGGCAUUGCCUCCACCAGAUCAAUACUGGCCCGAAGCUUUUGAUGAGAGUCCCUUUAAGAUUAUUAAGAGAAGGGACGGCACUCAAGAGCGAGAGUCUUCAUACACAGAGAUCAAAACCACCGUAAUGCUUCCCUUGGAAGAGACGUUGGGUGAUCUAAAGAAGGGAUUCAUAUACCUUUAUACAGUUAAAGGAAACGAGAGGCUUGUCAAAAUCGGAUACACUACUCGCAGUCCGAAACAAAAGUAUGAAGAGUGGAAGUUGAGCUGCAACAGAGAGCCCAAGUCGCUCUAUGAGAGCUCAAUUGUCCCAAAUGCCCGCCGGGUUGAGGCUUUGUGCCACGCCGAGCUGGAUUAUUGCCGAACAAGCGUCUAUUGUACUGGCUGUUCGAUACAGCAUAUCGAAUGGUUUGAAAUGACGCCUGAUGAUGCCAUUUCGGUUAUCCAGAAAUGA